AGGGACAACACGCCUGGAAAUUCCUGGGCCAUGGAUGGAUCCAAAGGCUAUGUAAUCCUCAAGUUGUCCUGACCCACCUGCCGAGCCUCUGUAGCCAUGGACCAUGUUGGGAAGGAAAUGGAAAUCAGCAGUGCUCCCCAGAAUUUUUUUCUGUAUAUCUUCCUUGGAAGGAAAACAUGCUGCGUCGCAGCGAAAGAUUGGCGGCCCUCCCGCCUAUUUCCUAUAGAGAGACCGGCGUAAGGAGGGUCUUCAAAAAGAUCAAUAGAAAAAGGCAUGCAUUUACUACUGAAAGAGCUUUCGAAGACCGUGCCAUGGACAGCAUCCCCUGCUGUACCCCCACUUGGACCGCACCACGAAGACGUCAGAGGAAGACUCUCUGGGUGGGGCUGAUCUUCCUGGCAUUCCUUUUUGGGAUUUCCUUAAGAUUCAUUCUCAGCGCCAGGCUUUUUGCAGAGAAGGAAAAAGGCAAUACUGUCAAGACUUUUCUAGACCCUCCAGUUCAGGAAAAGACAGCACCUGUGAGGCAAGAAAAUGAAGGCGUAAAGAAAAAUCUGGAAAAGGCAAUGGUUGCUUUCCUUCCACGAAGGCCUGAACUUGACUCUCCUCCCGAUAACACUGAAAAUAUCCAUGCAAAUAUAAGAGCAGGAAUGAGUGACAUCUUCCAAUCAAAAGAAGCCAACAAUGAUUUUCCUUUAAAAACCUACAAUGAAUGCAAAUUGUGGAUAGGUUUCAACAGAAGAAGGUCAAGAAUAAUGCUUUUGCGGACGGAUAAGAGACCUCAAGGUUUUGAGUCUCUGGACGCCUCGCAGGGAUCGGCGGUAAUGAAGGUGACUUCCAUCAAGAGGGAAUCCGGUUUAAAAGAACAAAAACACAUUCAAUUCAACAUAAAAAGAGUCCGGAACAAAAAAUUUAAGUGCGUCUGCACAAUUAUUGUUCAUGAUUAGCUUUCUAUUUUUAUUUUGUAAAUAGCUUUUAUUGUACUUUUUAAAAUUAACUUAUAUAAAACAUGGGGAUAGGGAAGGGGAAGGGGAAAGGUAGUGUGUGUGUGUGUGGGGGGGGUUUCUAGGGAGAGGGGAGGACGGGGGGCAGGGUUUGAAUUGAGUAGGGGAGUGUUUAGGUAAAAAAGGGGAUAUAGAGAUAAUUGUAUUUACAAAAAUUAAAGUUUUACAUAAUUAUCAAAGAGUCUCUAGUCAGUUUGUUUUAUUUGUC